UCAACACGUCGCCAAACACUCGCUUACGCUCUGAUGGAUUCAGCCUUUUAAUCUCUGCUCCUCUCCACAGUCAAACACUCUGCAGAUUAGCCUCCCAACUUCAUUUCACUUCAUGGUGGAGAGGGAAUAGUUAGGGAAUGUUCCAAGAGUCUUUCCUUAGAGGUUGGGAUUUGUUUGGGAUAUAAGUGGAUCUGUUCAGCAGGCGUUCCUGAAGGAACCUGUUCUGGAAAGGUCGGAGCAGCCCGGUGGGUUCCUGAUGGCCACGCUGCGAUGCUCCUGCUCCAUCACCCGCUGCCUCCUGCUGCCUCCUGCCUGAAGUGAUGGGUCAGGUCCAGGCCACCACAGACAGAGAAGUGACUCUGCAGAACAUUCAGGAACUGUACCGGAAAUUCACAGACGAAUGUCCGAGUGGAAACCUGCACCUGCAUGAAUUCAAGAAAAUCUUUGGCGUCAGCAGCAAGUCACCAGAGGAGGAGGUGGCUUUCAUUGAACUGGUCUUUAAAUCCUUUGAUACCAAUAAGGACGGUAAGCUGGACUUCAUGGAGUAUGUGGCAGCCGUGAACCUCGUUCUCCGUGGAAAACUCAUCGACAAACUGAAGUGGUCUUUCAAAAUUUACGACAACGAUGGGAACGGCUGCCUGACCAAUCAGGAAGUGAGGCGUAUUGUCAAAAUCAUCACCAAAAUCAAAUGGCAUAAAGAUUCGAACGUGGAAACUGUCGACUACAUCUGUGACAGGAUAUUCGAGCUGACGGACAAAAACAAAGACAGUCAGAUCUCUUUGGAGGAGUUUAUCGAGGGAGCAGAGAAGGAUCCGUGGCUCAUGGAGCAGCUCAGACUGGACUUGGCGCCUAAAUCCUGGUUCAUCAAGAACCAGGAGAAGAAGACCUGAGUCCUGCAGACUGUGGGGACAUUCAGCCUUACCAUCAUGACGAACAUUUCAGCAACAUACACACUGGAUUAAACCUCAACGGCCAGCCUUAAUGUUCAGGUUCUGUUUUUAUGGGAAAAGGUUUUUCUCCGUAUUUUGCCAACAGGACAGAACUUGGCAUCCUGAUAGAGGAUCUUCAGCCGUUUCUCUGUUCAACAGGAAAGUUGAUUCUGUCUGCUGAACCACUGCAGAGCCGACCAAACGUUUUGGAUCGACCCAUUUACAUUUUUCAAGCAGAAGCCUUUUGAUCUCGGUCUCAUUUAAAGCUUAUUCCUCUCCUCCCACUGCUUGAACUUUUGCUUCAAGUUUGGAUUAAUUAAUUAAUUAAUCUGUAACUGACAACUACAGGCUUAAAAUGCCUUUUUACACUGUUGUGGCCUCACAUUUUAAAAAGUAAAAACAACCUUCCUCCACCAUGGAACGUUGAUGUUUUUAUUGUACAACUUUCUGAACCACAUUUUGUCUCUUUUGCUGAGCGUCUGUUGUCAGACGACCCAUAUGAACCGGCAGCUCAACUUUAUUUUAUUUAAGGAUAUUUUGGUUUUAUUCACUUUAAGAUACACACAUAUUUUUCUGCAAACAGAAAAAUGGACAUUAAAAAAAAUCAGAAAUAUUAUAAAAUGUAUUUCUGAGGUCAGUGACCAAACUGGACCCUGAAAACACUUUGAUUGUUUUUCUGAUUAUUCUUUCAUUUGUCGUCAAGUUAAAAGGAAAUAUGACUAGAAAAUAAAUGUAGAUAUGCUUUAGAUUUAACUCAGUUUUCACUUUGGUCUGUAACUGUUUUUCACUCUGUGCCUGUUUUAAACUAAUUAUCGUGACACAUUUUUUACCUGAAAUGUUUCAAAGCUUCAUUUAGAAAAAUCUAUGAUAAAACUGGGGUGAUGGGUAGUUUGUGUAAUUUUUAGCUGCUCAAACUCUUCAUUAGACUCCACUUUUACUGAAAAAUAAAUGAA